AUGGAUACUUAUUCGAAGUACCAUAUGUUUAUUCCAAUUAUUUUUGCAAUAUUAAUCUUUAUACUUUUACAGACUCAGAUAGCAAGUUAUUGGCCGGAUCCAUCUACCCAUAAAGAAAAAUAUACAGGGAUUCCUGGCGUUGAUUAUCUCUUGAAAAUUUUUGUACCUUUUUUUACGGAUGCUCUUAAUGAUCCUACCGGGUUACUUCUUAGUCAGCUGGGAGCACCGUUGGGUUUAGUCUUAUUUUUUAAUGUAGCUUUAGAAGCAUCUGAUCCUGGCGUGAGUGGUUGGAUUACACAUUAUUCGUUGCUCGUAAUCGCGAUACAACUUUUGGGAGGAGGUAAUUUGCUUAAAUGUCUUACUGAUUAUCGUUUAAGGAUUCCUGCGUGGAUUGCAUCGGAAAACAAAAAAGCAGAAAGAGAAGAUGUUCCCUUAAAUCCAGAUCGUGUUAAAGGAAUAUUUACUGGUUUAUUCACCCUUGUAAUCAUUAGCAUAGUUGCUAUGUCAUUUUUCACAAACCCCACCUUACAGAAGUGGAGUAUAAUUUUCUUUCAGGUUUCACCUUUAUUGGCUGCAUUAUUUUGGGUACGAAAACCAAAAGCGUUCAUUGACAAUUCUGAAAAUCCAAGUGUUUCUGAUGAUGGCUACAAACAAGUUGCAAUUUAUUAUUUAAUAAUUUUCGGAUUAAGUAUAUAUUCAUGGGUAUUCUUUUGGGUACAUGCUGUUGAUAAUAACUUCUUGUACCUGCGGACGCCUUUUGAACAAUUUUUCAACGGCGAGUUGAUAGGUGCCACGGGAUUCUUUAUCAUUGACUUUGCUGCAAUAAUUGCUAGUUUCUCUUAUUGGGUAUUUUUGCUUGAGGAGGCUAAGUUCACUCCAAGAUUUUGGAAAUUCACAUGGCAAAAUUUGAUACUGAGUCCAACCGGAGCUCUUGCAUUAUAUGGAUAUGAUAGAUAUCUCGAGAAAACUAGAAAAGCCAUAGCAAGAUCGGGAUCAAGAUAUGAUUCAGAACAAAAUGAACGUGUGCCGUUGUUUA